AUGGGAUUCCUCCUGACUAUAUGGCUUUUCGUUCCUCAAAACAUCAGGCUUUAUGCGUACAAACUCCUAGUGCGUAUGGGGCUCCGUCUAUAUGGUCCAACCACAUCUCCCAGCUGCUUCCGCUUGCCUUUCGACCUUUAUGCGAAGGCGGGGCGCGCCGUGGAUGUGCACGAGGCAAAUGCGUUACGAUUUAUCUCUCAGCGUGUGCGCGGACCAGUACCGUCCCUGGUCGAUGUCGUCCCAAAUCCCCAGUAUCCGGGCCGCGUGUUCAUGGUCAUGACGCGCUUGCCCGGAGAUCCGCUGGAGGGCCGUCUAUGGGAUAUGUCGCCGAAACAACGAUCAUUGCUCGCCUCCGAAUUGAAGCAACUCUUCGACACAAUGCGCUCAAUCCCCUCAGACGGGUCCGAAGAUCUGCGCAGUUGA